AUGGCAACGAACAACUAUAUUGAGAGUUGGCAUAACCAAUUGAAGACAACUUAUUUACAAAGAAAGAGGGAUAGAAGACUGGAUCGAUUAAUAUUUAUCUUAGUUGAUGAUGCUCAUACAGAUUUUAUGCACAACACCGCAAGGAUGGCCGCCAAUAUUGGACGUAUGAGCUCAGAAACUAGAAAGGCAAGAAAGAGAAUGAUUGCAGCAGGAGAGAUCAAUAAGCUGUCAUUGGAAGAUAUGGCGCAGAAAGUGUAUAUUGAUGAAGAGGCUUGUUACAUUGUCAAGUCUUUCACGACGGAAGUUGUAUACAAUAUAUUAACUGAGCAAGGAAUGAUGACUGCGUGCAAUUGCAUAGCCUUUCAACUAAAUAGGCGUCCUUGUAAGCAUAUGCAUUUGGUUUAUCACUUCGUUCGUAGCUGA